AAAUAUAGGUUUAUAUCAUGAGCAAAUACAUGCAACUUGCUCUUCACCCCGAAGAGUUGAAAUCUGUGAUUCAAUUGUACGUCGAAGCUGAACAACUUACUUCUGAAAACUGUUUAGAGGGUUAUAUUCGAAAUAACCAAAACUUUCUCGGCUUGGCAGCAAAAUACUAACGAUGAGCUUUUCGAGCGUUUGGAGCACUUACUAGUGUUUUACGCCUUUCUUCUUUCAUGUCAAAUGUUUUAUUGUUCUAGAAAAUACUUCAGAAAAAAGAUUUAUCCAUUAAACCCCGCAUCAGAAACAGAAAAAACAUGUUACGAUCUGCUCAAACUAACAUCUAGAUCAUUUGUGGCGGUCAUUAUGGAACUUAACCCAGAAUUGCGUAAUGCCAUUAUGAUUUUCUAUCUUGUUCUUAGAGCUUUAGAUACCGUCGAAGAUGAUAUGAGUAUUGACCCGAAGAUCAAGAUUCCACUUCUAAGAAGUUUCCAUGAAAAGUUACUUUUGAAAGAUUGGACAUUCGACGGCAAUGCAGAAAGUGAGAAAGAUAGGGUUGUCUUAUUGAAGUUUAAUAGUAUCCUAGCAGAAUACUCGAAAUUGAAGCCAGAAUACCAGGAUAUCAUAAUGGAAAUUACCAACAAAAUGGGUAACGGUAUGGCGGACUAUAUCAACAAUGAAGAAUUUAAUUUAGAAGGGGUCAAGACCGUGAAGGAUUAUGAUCUUUAUUGUUUCUAUGUUGCUGGUCUAGUCGGUGUGGGAUUAACACAAUUGGGUGUUGCCUCAAAAUUCAGUGAUCCUUACUUAUUGGAUAAUAUGAAACUCAGUCAUUCAAUGGGCUUGUUUUUGCAGAAAACUAACAUCAUCAGAGACUACAAGGAAGAUCAGGAUGAUGGUAGAUCAUUCUGGCCCGAGGAAAUUUGGUCCAAGUACACUGACAAGUUAUCUAAUUUUACCAGGGCUGAAAAUGAAGAAAAGGGUCUUCACUGUAUUACGGAUCUAGUCUUAGAUUCAAUGAGUCACAUUAAAGACGUUUUGGUAUACCUCACGAUGGUUUAUGACCACUCAACUUUCAACUUUUGUGCAAUUCCACAGGUUAUGGCAAUUGCAACCUUGGCGGAAGUGUUUCAGAACAAGAACGUUUUCAAGACUAACGUUAAGAUCAGAAAAGGUACUGCUUGUGAUUUGAUUUUGAACUCUAGAACCUAUGAAGGUGUUUUAGACAUCUUUAGCAAGUACUUGCAAAUCAUUCAUCACAAAUGUCCCGUCUCUGAUCCAAACUAUCUUGCCAUUGGUAUAAAAUGUGGUGAGCUAGAACAGUUCAUAGAGGAGCUCAACCCUAAUCCAAAGCAUUUACCAAAAGGUGUCAAACCAAUGCAGACUGAGAAUUAUUUGCGUGCAUUGAAGAAAAUGGAAACUGAAGAAUCUAUCAAAUCUUUAAUCAGGUCCGAAUACAUUGGAACAAACAUCAUUUUGACUUUCGUUGGUCUCUCAGCUAUCUCAAUUAUUUACACUUUCGUAGAUCUGUUCUUUCACGGUUUAUAAACUCUUUCUUUCCUUUCUAUCAAUAAGUAAUUUUUGACCAACUCAUCUGAACAUAAGCCAUAUUAAUUGUUUCCAAACAAAAUAUAUAUACACGUUUAUGGGCACAAAUUUAUAAAUCUAAAAAAUCCACCAAUUUCAUAU